CAAAAUUUACAUGUCGGAAAAAACGUGGCUAUGCUUCAUUGUAGAUGCAUUCACAGGAAUACAAAAACAAUGCAAUCCGUUGAUACAUGUGAAACUGUGAAAGAAUAAAAUUUUGAAGGAGAAGCCCGAGUUUUUGCAGAUGAACAGAAUGAAAAUGGGAGAAUAUAAACAAUAUAACCUGAAUUGAAAAUUGGAAGAUAGCCUUAAAGUUUAUGGAAAUUGCAAAGUUGCCAGGAAUGCAGCCAGCCGGUUAAAGCAUUCCGUUCAUGUUGCACUCUGCAUUCAACUAAAUGCAGUAUUCUGAACCUACCAAUACUAUCAUAGAAUUGUUUCAAGCUCACUACCGACUCAGACCACGUCCGUUAUUCACGAAGCCCCUCAAAAAUGGCUUUUGUAGCCGUGCCUAUAGCCGCUCCCUCAGCCGUUCUCUGCUCCGUGAUGGCCGCUUCUACCACAGUGAAGAAGAAGAAGAAGAACCAGGCUGUCCAGAAGCAGAAGUUGAUUCGCAAGGACUCGGAGUUGUUACAGAAAGGCUUUGCCAAAGGCCUUCGAUGGGCUAACCAGGCUCUUUCAAUUCCGAAGCUCUCGAAAUCAGUUAGCGAUUUGGUUUGGUUACGUACUAUCGAGAAUCCAGAGGCCUCCACAUCUGAGCUUCGGAGCCCUGCUCAUUGGCCUCAGCCUUACUAUCCAGAACUUUCUGGAUUAGACUUGUUUAUGGCUGAUCUCAAAGCACUGGAUGCAUACUUCAAAUAUUUCUACAGCUUUUCAAAGCUAUGGACCAGACCACUUCCUGAAAACUAUGAUCCUCAAGAAGUCGAUGACUAUUUCAAUUUGAGGCCACACAUAGUGGCUUUCCGUCUUCUUGAGGUAUUUGUUGCUUUUGCAUCUACCUCAAUUAGAUUUCAGAUCUCUGCGAUUCUUCCCAGUAUAAAUAAGGAAGUUGACAGGGAAACUUCACGCUACAUCUUUGGAAGUGUUUUAAAGGAGACAAUGUUAAGAUUGGGCCCCACUUUUAUAAAAGUUGGUCAGUCUCUUUCCACAAGACCAGAUAUCAUUGGUCCUGAAAUUUCCAAGGCAUUGUCUUCACUGCAUGAUCAAAUUCCUCCUUUUCCAAGGGCUUCAGCUAUGAAAAUUAUUGAAGAAGAAUUGGGUUCCCCAAUCGAAAAUUUAUUUAGCUAUAUCUCUGAAGAGCCUGUUGCUGCAGCUUCAUUUGGUCAGGUCUACAGAGGAAAUACUCUUGAUGGUCUUAAUGUUGCUGUGAAAGUACAGCGCCCUGGCCUACGCCAUGUGGUUGUUCGUGAUGUGUAUAUUCUACGCCUUGGGCUGGGUCUUUUGCAAAAGUUAGCAAGAAGGAGAAGUGAUCCUCGCGUUUAUGCUGAUGAACUCGGGAGAGGGUUAGUUGGGGAAUUAGAUUAUACAAUGGAGGCUGCAAAUGCUUCAGAAUUUAUGGAUAAACAUGCUCAGUUUUCCUUUAUCUGUGUGCCAAAAGUUUUACCACAUCUUAGUAGAAAGAGAGUUUUAACCAUGGAGUGGAUGGCUGGUGAAAGUCCAACUGAUUUAAUAUCAAUAUCUUCAAAGGUUUCUUGUGGUCAUCAUUCAGCAUGUUCAGAUGCACUGCAAAAUGAUGCCAAGCGUCGUCUGCUUGAUCUAGUUAACAAAGGGGUGGAGGCAUCGUUAGUUCAACUCAUCGAGACUGGCUUACUGCAUGCCGAUCCACAUCCUGGAAAUAUGCUUUACACUUCUUCAGGAAAAAUAGGGUUUCUUGAUUUUGGUUUGCUUUGCCGGAUGGAAAAGAAACAUCAGUAUGCCAUGCUUGCAUCCAUAGUGCAUAUUGUAAAUGGUGAUUGGGCAUCUCUUGUACAGGCACUUUCUCAAAUGGAUGUCAUAAAGCCAGGAACUGAUAGGAGACUUGUUACAAUGGAAUUGAAAGAUGCUUUAGGAGAAGUUGAAUUUACGGAUGGAAUUCCUGAUGUAAAGUUUAGUCGGGUUCUUGCUAAAAUACUGUCUGUAGCAUUCAAAUUUCAUUUCCGCAUGCCUCCAUACUACACCCUUCUCCUCAGGUCUCUUGCUUCAUUAGAAGGGUUAGCGGUGGCUGCAGACCCAAGGUUUAAAACAUUUGAAGCUGCGUACCCCUAUGUUGUCCGGAAACUUCUUACUGAUAAUUCGCCUGCAAUGAGGAGCAUUCUACACUCUGUGGUACUGAAUAGAAGGAAGGAAUUCCAGUGGAAAAGACUCUCUCUUUUUUUAAGAGUCGGAGCAACUAGGAAAGGGUUGCAUUCUGUGUUUGGGUCCAACCCUCAAGAAUCAAUUAGCUAUUCUGCAGAGGAAGUCAAUGGUAAAGCUGAUGUUGCAAAUUUGGUGCUAAAAUUACUACCCUCUAAAGAUGGUGCUGUGCUUAGAAGACUCCUGAUGACAGCAGACGGGUCUUCAUUACUUCGUGCAAUGGUUUCAAAGGAAGCAGAUAUAUUUCGCCAACAUUUCUGCAGGGUUCUUGCAGAUAUACUCUAUCAGUGGAUGUCAAAAGCUUUGGGAAACCCUAGAAAAGCACAGCUUAGCUCCGAAGAUCAGUUGGACAGUGGGACAGCUUUCAACAAUUAUAAUAAACCUAUCAUAAGAGAUCAACGCCUCAAAGUGAUACUCUUCAAGGCAUUUUCUUCUGCUAGGAAAGAAGAUCCAAUGUUGGUGCUGAGGGCCUUCUUCACCAUAUGCAUCACGUUUGUCAAAGCUUCAGCUUUAGCUUUUCACAGAGUAUUGAUUUCUUUUUCUGAGACGUGUUUGGAUCGUCUUUCUUUUGCUCCAAGAGAAAUUGCAGUUGGCAGAAUUUCUUAGUUAGACUCGGUGUUUGUGCUUACUUUGGGCUUCAGGAAAUUACUGGAGAUCGCAUGCUGUGUAUAAAAACAUGCACAUAAUUUACUUAAAUUUCAUCUUGUAUAUUUGGAGCAUAUGUAUUUUCAACAUUAGUAACAUUAGAGAGGCGAAUGGUGUUUGGUGGCUGGCUGAAAACAUGUGUCAGAUAUGAUUGUCACAAAUGUGCUGCUGCUAGUCAAUACUCUGUAAUUAAUUAUCAAUCAUGUACUGCACCUUGAUUAACUCAAUAAUAGCUGCCAUAAUACGUAAGAG